AGCCAUAUACUUGCUAAAGGAUGUCCAAGUGCAAGCUAUCUUUGGGCCACAAAUGUCUACUCAAACUGAUUUUGUGAUCGACUUAGGGAACAGAGUAAAAGUCCCUAUAAUUUCUCCAGCAACAAGUCCUUUACUUACAGUCAAGGAAAAUCCCUUCUUCAUCAGAGGAGCACUUCCUUCUUCCAGUCAGACUAAAGCCAUUGCAGCAAUUGUUAAAAACUAUAAUUGGAGGGAGGUUGUAGUAAUCUAUGAGGAAAGCCCCUAUGGAACCUGGUAGAUACUUCAGUAAUUGAGUCAUCAAUGCAAGGUGUUCUGGGUGUAAAAUCUUAUGUUACAAGAUCAAAUGAGCUUGACAUGUUCACCAAGAGAUGGAGAAAGAGAUUUCGUCAAGAGUAUCCAGACAUGGACCAAGUAGAACUCAAUGUUUUCGGGCUAUGGGCAUAUGAUAGCAUCACCUUAUUAGCAGAAGCAGUAGAGAAAGUGGGCACUACUGCUAUCCCAAAAUUAAAGAAACCAGACACUAGAGAGAACUUAACAGACCUAGAUGCACUUAGAACCUCAGAAGUGGGAUCUCUGCUCAUUGACUCUAUGCAAAACACAGAGCUAAAACCAGGACUAAGUGGUGAUUUCCGUAUCAUUGAUAGAGAACUGCAGCCGUACCCAUAUCAGAUUGUGAAUAUAAUCGGGAAAGGAGAGAAAGUCGUUGGAUUCUGGACAGAGAAGGAUGGCAUUUCGCAUAAACUGAAGAUGAAUGGUAAAACAGCUAAAACUAAUAAUAAGCAACUAGGGGUCAUCAUUUGGCCUGGUGAAUCUACUAUUGUUCCGAGAGGCUGGGAAAUACCCACAAGUGGGAAGAAGUUAAGGGUUGGAGUUCCAGACAAAGGAGGGCUGGAGCAAUUCAUUAAAGUGGAAAGAGAUCCAACGACACAAGCAGUAAUUACAACUGGUUUAGGGCCAGAUGUCUUCAAAGAAGUCAUCUUAUCUUUGAAAUAUGAUGUCCCUUACGAAUUUAUUCCAUUUCCAAUAGCACAUAGCCCAACUUCUCAAAACUAUGAUGAUCUUGUUCACAAGAUCAAUUCUAAGGUAAAACUAACCUCUUCAGCUGAAUAA